GACAUCACCCACCUUAUCGCCAGCACCAACUCUGACGCCGGCGCCCCAAGUGCGGAUGUACGCUUGGUUUCACUCCUUGGCCUUCGCGCCAACGUGUGCCGUACGAUGCUCCAUCUUAAUGGCUGCUUCGCUGGCUGCUCCGCCUUGCGUCUAGCCAAGGACCUUGCUGAGAACAACCGUGGGGCACGCGUCCUCGUGGUUUGCGUGGAGCUCGCCAUUUCUGGCUUCUGCAGCACCGGCGAAGGGAACUGCUUAGACACCCUCAUUACUCAUGCGUUGUUUGGUGAUGGGGCAGGCGCGGUUAUCGUCGGCGCCGAUCCCAUACACCCCGUUGAGAAUCCUCUGUUUGAGAUGGUGUCCGUCUCUCAGACCUUCGUGCCGAGCACCGAGCAUGUGCUCACCCUGAACUUGGGGAGCCACGGCACUCAUGGCAAAGUUUACACCAAACUGCCCACACUGGUAGCGGACACCAUGGAACCUUGUCUUUCAGAAGCAUUUGGUCGACUUGAGAUGGACUUCAAAUGGAAUGACCUGUUCUGGGCUGUGCACCCGGGCAGCCGUGGGAUCUUGGACCAGCUUGACAAGACCCUCCAGUUGGAUCCCACGAAGCUAGCGGCGAGCCGAACUGUCGUACAAAAGUUUGGGAACAUGUUUAGUGCCACCGUGAUCUUCGUGCUUGACAAGCUGCGCCGGCGAAUGGAGGAGGAAGGAGAGCGAGCAGAGUGGGGGGCAAUGGUAGCAUUUGGACCAGGUUUCACUAUCGAGACCAUGGUGCUCCACGCAACUAGUGCUCUGAAGGAAAAUUAG